AGUUGUUUGAGCGGAUAACGAAAAAUGGCAGAAACUGCCCCAGCCCCCGCUGCUGCUCCAGCAAAGGCCCCCAAGAAGAAGGCGCCCCGACCCAAGAAAACUGGACCAAGUGUUGGCGAGCUCGUCGUCAAGGCUAUCUCUGCCUCCAAAGAGAAGAAAGGAGUCUCUCUUGCUGCGCUGAAGAAAGCUUUGGCGGCUGGUGGGUACGAUGUGGAAAAGAACAACGCUCGUGUCAAGCUGGCCAUCAAGAGUUUGGUUACAAAGGGUACUCUUGUCCAGACCAAGGGGACUGGUGCCUCCGGCUCCUUCAAGCUGAAUAAGACGGUGGAAAAGAAGCCCGCAAAGAAGGCAGCUCCUAAAGCCAAGAAGCCAGCAACGAAGAAGCCUGCCGCGGCCAAGAAGACCAAGAAGGUAGCAGCCAAGAAGCCGGCGGCCGCCAAAAAGUCUCCGAAGAAAGCAGCCAAGAAGCCCGCCACGCCGAAAAAGGCAACGAAGAGUCCGAAGAAGGCCAAGAAGCCCGCUGCACCCAAGAAGGCAGCAAAGAGCCCCAAGAAAGCUAAGGCAGCAAAACCCAAGGCGGCCAAGCCUAAAGUUGCUAAACCCAAAAAGGCUGCACCCAAGAAGAAGUAAAUGUUGCGUUUUUAACACGUUUACAAAAAGGCUCUUUUAAGAGCCACCCAAAAGUUCUUUGAAUGCGUUUAUUCCAGCAGUGCCUGCUCGUAUAUAAACAUACUCGCUUUGAGUGUGUACUUUCACAACGACCGAUUAGCUUUCUAUAACUUCCACAAAAUUCACUGGCCCAGGGGGAAAUUUAAACAGUGAGUUGAAAUUAACAGUAUGGGUAAUGAACUAAUGGAUCAUGAAUUCAAAUUUAAAAUAGAUUACAUUUAAUUAACGUUAUCAUAAAACAUGCCCCUUUGCUCAUGCAUCAGUUGCUUCUAAUCAGUUAACUUAUAACUCACAAUGCCCUCUUGCUCAUAAAGCAGUUGCUCCCAAACAAUACAAAGAAUCCAAAAUGUUGCAACACACAACCACUUCAAUUUGUUACAUUGUAACAAUGUACAGUAUAUCACAAAGUAUCCAAAAGCUGUUUGCUAUAUUAUAACAGUUACCACGCGAAGCUUUGUUGAUUUACUAUGACCAUUAAAGUGAACCUCUGAAAUCUUU